CAGCGCCGCCGCGUUUCCGCCUCGUAUGAGCGACGAGCGCGUCAGCGAGGCAAGCAGCGGAGAGGAGAGGGGAGGAGGACGAGCCGAGCCGAGCCACGGAGACGCAGUGGGGGCCCACAGUCCGAGCACAUCGCCGCAGCGACGCAGCACCAUCUUCUUCCUUCCCCCCCACCACCACCACCACCACCUCCCCCCCUUUUCUGUUUAUGUCGCCUCCCAGCCCACGCCGCCGACACGUAACCCGGUGCGUGUGGCUCCAGCCUCGCUAGCAUGGAGACGCAAACACGCACUGAAAUGUGAAGAUUCUUUUUUUUUCCCCCGAGAGAAAAGUGGACUCAACCUGUGCUCCCGCAGUGACAACAUGAAGAAGUUCAACAUCAGGAAGGUGCUGGACGGCUUGAAGGAGGCGUCCUCCUCUUCCUCCUCCACCUUCUCCUCCUCCUCCGCCCCGUCGGUCCAAGUGGGCCCGCAGGACAACCACCUGGUCCAGGAGAACCUCCAGUCGGAGCACUUCCAGCUGUGCAAGCUCAUUCCCCCCCUCCAUCACCGCCGCAAUUUGAUGCAUUUGGGGACCGGGACCAAAACUGUCCGUCAUGGUUUUCCAUACCAGCCGUCAUCCAUGGCCUUUGACCCUGUGCAGAAGAUACUGGCCAUCGGCACUCAGAGGGGAGCGCUCAGAUUGUUCGGUCGUCCCGGUGUGGAGAGUUACUGCCAACAUGAGAGUGAAGCGGCCGUCAUCCAGCUUCAGUUUCUCAUCAAUGAGGGAGCACUUGUAAGUGCCCUGGCGGAUGACACAGUACACCUGUGGAACCUGAGGCAGAAGAGACCAGCCAUCCUGCACUCGCUCAAGUUCAGCAAAGAGAGGAUAACCUUCUGCCACCUACCCUUCCAGAGUAAAUGGCUGUACAUCGGCACGGAACGGGGCAACGUCCACAUCGUCAACGUGGAGUCCUUUAUGCUCUCAGGCUAUGUCAUCAUGUGGAAUAAAGCCAUUGAACUGUCUUCCAAGGCUCACCCUGGACCAGUCGUCCACAUCAGUGACAACCCUAUGGAUGAGGGAAAGCUCAUAAUUGGAUAUGAGUCUGGCAUCGUGGUCCUGUGGGAUCUGAAAUCAAAGAAAGCCGACUAUCGCUACACUUAUGAUGAGGCGAUCCACUCGGUUGCCUGGCACCACGAGGGCAAACAGUUCACCUGCAGUCACUCAGAUGGGACGCUGACCAUAUGGAACGUGAGAGGCCAGGGCAAACCCAUACAGACAAUCACCCCCCACGGAAAACAACCCAAGGAUGGAAAGAAGCCAGAGCCUUGUAAACCCAUUCUCAAAGUGGAGUACAAAACCACCAGGAUUGGGGAACCUUUCAUCAUCCUGUCUGGUGGUCUGUCCUACGACACGGUGGGCAGGCGGCCAUGUCUAACGGUCAUGCACGGGAAGAGCACGGCCGUCCUGGAGAUGGACUACCCUAUAGUGGACUUCCUCACGCUGUGUGAGACGCCGUACCCCAACGAUUUUCAGGAACCUUACGCCGUGGUGGUCCUCCUCGAAAAAGACUUGGUGGUGAUCGACCUCGCACAAAACGGUUACCCCAUCUUCGAGAACCCCUACCCCUUGAGCAUCCACGAGUCCCCGGUGACCUGCUGCGAGUAUUUGGCCGACUGCCCCGUGGACCUCAUACCAGCACUUUACUCUGUGGGCUCUCGACAGAAGCGGCAAGGCUACAGCAAAAAGGAGUGGCCUAUCAGUGGGGGCAACUGGGGUCAAGGCACACAAAGCUACCCAGAGAUCAUCAUCACUGGGCAUGCUGAUGGAACAGUGAAGUUUUGGGAUGCCUCUGCAAUGAUGCUCCAGGUGCUCUACAAGCUGAAAACAGCCAAGGUGUUUGACAGGAACCGCUCCAAAGAGGACAAGGGCAGCACGGAGGUGUCUGAUGAAGACCCCUUCGCCAUUCAGCUCAUGACCUGGUGCCCCGAGAGUCGCAUGCUGUGUGUGGCCGGCGUGUCUGCAAACAUCAUCAUCUACCGCUUCAGCAAACUGGAAGUAACCACAGAGGUGGUGCAGCUACUAGAAGUGCGGAUGCAGUAUGAGCUGAACGACAUGGAGUCUCCAGAGGGCGGAAGCGGGGAGCAAACGUCGGCCGGCGCCUCCCCGCAGACAAGCGGUCCGCCCUCUCACCCUUCCACCAGCAGCAACAACUCUGACGGAAGCAACAUGCCGUGCCUCAAGGUGCGCAGUACUCAGCUGAAGCAGUCUCCGGGUUACCAAGUAGACUUGGUGGUGCAGUUAGUGUGGGUGAGCGGAGAGCCUCCUCAUCAGAUCACAAGCCUGGCACUCAAUUCCUCCUACGGCCUGGUGGUGUUUGGUAACAGCAACGGUCUGGCCGUGGUAGACUACAUCCAGAAGACCAUAGUGCUAAACAUGGCCACGGUGGAGCUGUACGGCUCCAACGACCCGUACCAGAGACAACCACGCUCUCCGAGGAAGUCGAGACAGCCCUCCGGAGGACUGUGCGACAUCAACGAGGGAUCGGCCACGUCAGAGGACCGCUGCAAGUCUCCUACUUCAGCUGCUGUUAUAAUGCAUGCUCAAGAUGGAGUGUUGAUGACAAACAGCAAUCUCCAACAGUUCUACAAUGGAGCUGGUAGAGGAGCAAAGAUGUCACGGAAAUUAAGCUUGCCUACUGAGCUAAAGCCAGACUUGGUUCUCUUGUCUGUAUGCCCGCCCCGGGGUGCCAACCCUCUAGACCACCGGGACAACUCGUUCAGUCGCUCGCGCUCGUCCAGCGUCACCAGCAUCGACAAGGAAGCAAAAGAAGCCCUUCUCUCCUUCCAAUUCUGCGAGACCUUCGCCCGCAAGGGAGACAGCACUUUAUCGCCUUGUCUGUACGUGGGCACCUCCCUGGGCAGCGUGAUGGCUCUGGCCAUCAUGCUGCCGCCUGCUGGGGAGCAGAGGCAACUACAGCCUGUCAUCCUUUCACCCACAGGCAUGUUGAUCCGACUAAAGGGCAGCAUCAUGCGGUUGGCCUUCAUGGACUCCGCCGGUUCCCUUUUGCCCCCCGCCAAUGACCCGUGGUUCGAACCCAACGUCUCGGUGGACGGCGAGGAGCGAGAAAAGGUCCGCAAGCGUCGUCCCGUCUCGGUGUCUCCGUCCAGCUCGCAGGACCUAAACGAGGGCCAGUAUGCGGUGGCGUGCUCUGAGAAGCAGGCCAAGGUGCUCUCUCUGCCCACCCAGACGUGCAUCUACAAACACAGCAUCACAGAGACCUCCUUCAUCCUCCGUGCCGACGUGGUCCAGAUGAGCAACGGCGUGUGCUUGGCGUGUUUCUGCGCUAACGGCCACAUCAUGACCCUUAGUUUACCAGGACUGAGACCCCUCAUGGACGUAAACUACCUGCCUCUGACGGACAUGAGGAUAGCCAGGACCUUCUGCUUCACCAACCUGGGCCAGGCCAUGUACAUGUGCUCCCCCACCGAGGUCCAGAGGAUCACUUACAGUCAGGACACCUGCGAGAACCUACAGGAAAUGCUUGGGGAAUUGUUUACACCAGUGGAGACACCAGAGGCGCCCAACAGAGGGUUCUUCAAGGGUCUCUUUGGGGGAGGAGCACAGUCCCUGGACAGGGAGGAGCUAUUCGGGGAGUUGGCAGCCGGACGAGCAUCCCGAAGCCUGGCCCAGCACAUGCCGGGCCCAGGCGGCAUCGAGGGCAUGAAGGGGGCGGCAUCCGGCGUGGUGGGGGACCUGGCGCGAGCCCGGAUAGCGUUGGACGAGCGAGGGCAGAAAUUGGGCGAGCUGGACGAGAGGACGGCCGCCAUGAUGGCCAGUGCAGACUCCUUUUCCAAGCACGCACACGACAUGAUGCUGAAGUGCAAAGACAAGAAGUGGUACCAGUUCUGAUGGGCGGGACUCCUCAUCACCGCCGUGACCUCCCACCCUGCCGCCCGUCGUUAAUCCCUCCGAGACACUUGGGAUACUUUUCCCUUUAGCACAACGUCCAUAUUGUUCUUAGCUCCGUCGUUCUCAGGCGGGAACUGAGGGAGACGCAGGGAAGUCAAACUCUUUUUAGUUUCCCUCCUCUCCGGACAUUGUUGGAGAGUUUUCAUUCUCAUUUGCCAAAACUGUCCUUAAAAAAAACUGAUGUCAGUAUUUCAAAGCUGGAACAGAGACACAGAAUAUUGUUGAAAUGUAAAAAAAAAAAAAAUCUAAAUACAUUAUAAUAUAUAAAAAAGAAAUAUAUAUAUAAAAAUUGACAUGGGCAAAAGCUGUUUCCGAGAGCAGUACUAAAGCGAGCGCGCUGAUUGGAUGGAUGAAGGAAGGAGGCCCGCCCAUACAGGAAGUGACGCCUCCUCUAUGCAGAGAGUCACCUUUUUUUUCUUUUUUCUUUUUUUCCUCAACUUCCAGACUCUCCUGACAUGUUCUCGUUAUCCCUGUAUUUAUGGAUUAUUGUUUUGUCAAUAACACUGGAAAGCUCUUAUUUUUCUAUGCUCGUCUUUGUUGUCGCUUUUGUUUUGGGAAAAAAAAAAGGGCUGGAAUCCUACAAGGAGGGCAAGGAUAUAAAAGGCAUAUUUCCUUUCAACUUGUUUAGCGUGACUGUACAAACAGCUGCUAGGAUUGUGUCCCUUGUGUUUUUAUGACGCUAAUAUGUUCAAUAAUGUUUAUUUUUAUAAUCUCCGGUUACUCCCUCUAAUUUCAGACAAGUGCGGAACUUCUCUCUACAUAGACAAUCUGGAGAGUUAAGAGGAGAGAGGCCAUAUUUCUUUGUCACGCCAAAGAUUUGCUUUAGAUUCUUUAUUCCUGUUAGCAGCUCCUUUAAAAAAUGUUGACUUUGAAUAUUAUUUCCCUGUCAACCAAGGUCCACGUUAAUAUUGUUUGUAUUGAACCGACUAUAAGGGCCACACGGAUAAGAAACGACGUCGCCAUAUGUUGUACAGUUAUGCCUGGGGUGUCCAAAAUGUGCAACUUGAUUUACUUUGCUUGUAGUAUAUAUACUUUUUUUUAUUAUUAUUUAUGUUCCUCCUGAAGACAAAUGUGUGGAACAAGCCGACAAGAACGUAUGACAGUCAAUGUUUUGAUUGGUUGCAGUUUUAUGUCAUCAAUCUAAUAACCAGGGAUGGGUAUCGUUAACAUUUCAACCCAUACUAGUCCAAAAACUGUACUUAAAAAAAUUAGGAUUUCUGUGUCGUUGUAAUUUUCUGUUCAAAACAAUGUUGUGACGCUCAAGUUGAACAAACAGAUACAUCAAUUGUAUUUAAAAAAGAUAAUACGUAAAAAAAUAAGAAAUAAUACGCAACAAACUGACGACAAACAAACGACUUGCUUGUGUUGUCGUGGUUAUGCUCACAAUUCCGGGGUUCGUGAAUGCACCAUUCCCGCCGUGACAGUUGAUUGGUGCAGGUGCAGUGUCGGAACCUUAAAGGGGGAACUGCACUUUUUGGGGAAUUGUCCGUAUUGUUCACAAUCAUUAUGAGAGACAAGAACACAGAUGUCAUUGUUUUUUUUGUUUUUUUAAAUGGAUGUCUUACCCGUAAUUAACCGGAAAAAACGUCCCUGGCUAACUGGACCAAACGCACAACCAGGGAUGGGUAUCGUUAACAUUUCAACCCAUACUAGCCCCAAAAAUGGGAAGUUUUUGGUCAUUGUAAUAUUCUGUUAAAAACAGUCGUUAUAUUUUUACGGAAUGUUGUGACGCUCUAGUUGAACAGACCAGUAAUUUAAAUACUUAAAUAAUAUAAAAAAAAGAUCAUACGUAAAAAAAAUAAUACACCACAAACUGACGACAAAUAAAGACUUGCUUGUGGUGUCGUGGUGAUGCUCACAAUUGCGGGGUCCGUGAACGUACCACCACCACCGUGACAGUUGAUUGGUGCGUUAGCGGUGCAGGUGCGGCGUCGGAACCUUAAAGGGGAAAUGCACUUUCGGGGGAAUUGUGCGUUUUUGAUUGAUUGAUUGCAACUUUUAUUAGUAGAUUGCACAGUGAAUGAUAAAAUAAAUGAUAAAUGGGUUAUACUUGUAUAGCGCUUUUCUACCUUCAAGGUACUCAAAGCGCUUUGACACUAUUUCCACAUUUACCCAUUCACACACACAUUCACACACUGAUGGAGGGAGCUGCCAUGCAAGGCGCUAACCAGCAGCCAUCAGAGGCAAAGGGUGAAGUGUCUUGCCCAAGGACACAACGGACGUGACUAGGAAGGUAGAAGGUGGGAAUUGAACCCCAGUAACCAGCAACACUCCGAUUGCUGGCACAGCCACUCUAUCAACUUCGCCACGCCGUACAUAUUCCGUACAAUUGACCACUAAAUGGUAACACCCGAAUAAGUUUUUCAACUUGUUUAAGUCGGGGUCCACUUAAAUUGAUUCAUGAUACAGAUAUAUACUAUCAAAUAUAUACUAACAUCAUAAUACAGUCAUCACACAAGAUAAUCAUCAGAGUAUAUACAUUGAAAUAUUUACAUUAUUGUUCACAAUCAUUACGAGAGACAAGAACAUAGAUGUCAUUGUUUUUUUGUUUUUUUAAAUGGAUCGCUUACCAAUAAUUAACCGGAAAAAACGUCCCUGGCCAACUGGACCAAACGCACAACCAGGGAUGGGUGUUGUUAACAUUUCAACCCAUAAUAGCCCCAAAAAUGGGAAGUUUUUUGUCGUUGUAAAAACAAUGUCUUUAUAUUUGUACGUAAUGUUGUGACGCUCAAGUUGAACAGACCAGUGUUUUAAAUACUUCAAUAAUAUAUAAAAAGAUAAUAUAUAUUUAAAAAAUAAAUAAUGCACAAAAAACGACUUGCUUGUGGUGUCGUGGUGAUGCUCACAAUUCCGGGGUCCGUGAACGUACCACCCCCACCGUGACAGUUGAUUGGUGCGUUAGUGGUGCAGGUGCGGCGUCGAACCUUAAAGGGGAAAUGCAGUUUUGGGGGAAUUGUGCGUUUUUUGAUUGAUUUAUUGAAACUUUUAUUAGUAGAUUGCACAGUGAAGUACAUAUUCCGUACAAUUGACCACUAAAUGGUAACACCCGAAUAAGUUUUUCAACUUGUUUAAGUCGGGGUCCACUUAAAUUGAUUCAUGAUACAGAUAUAUACUAUCAAAUAUACUGUAUACUAACAUCAUAAUACAGUCAUCACACAAGAUAAUCAUCAGAGUAUAUACAUUGAAAUAUUUACAUUAUUUACAGUAUUGUUCACAAUCAUUAUGAGAGACAAGAACAUAGAUGUCAUUGUUUUUUUGGUUUUUUAAAUGGAUCGCUUACCCAUAAUUAACCGGAAAAAACAUCCCUGGCCAACUGGACCAAACGCACAACCAGGGAUGGGUGUUGUUAACAUUUCAACCCAUACUAGCCCCAAAAAUGGGAAGUUUUUUGUCGUUGUAAAAACAAUGUCUUUAUAUUUUUACUCAAUGUUGUGACGCUCAAGUUGAACAGACCAGUGUUUUAAAUACUUCAAUAAUAUAUAAAAAGAUAAUAUAUAUUUAAAAAAUAAUAAUGCACAACAAAAUGACGAUAAAAAACGACUUGCUUGUGGUGUCGUGGUGAUACUCACAAUUCCGGGGUUCGUGAACGUACCACCCCCCACCGUGACAGUUGAUUGGUGCAUUAGCGGUGCAGGUGCGGCGUCGGAACCUUAAAGAGGAAAUGCACUUUUGGGGGAAUUGUACCUAUUGUUCAAAAAUCAUUAUGAGAGACAAGAACACAGAUGUCAUUGUUUUUUUAAAUGGAUUGCUUAACCAUAAAUAACCGGAAAAAACGUCCCUGGCUAACUGGACCAAACGCACAACUGUCCAUCGGGAGCUGUUCCAAAUCAACAUGAUCACCAAGAUCGGCUAAGAACUUUCAGAGGGAAAGCCUUGCUUGACAAUUUCAAUUAAAGAAGGGACAAGCGGUAGAAAAUGGAUGGGUGGAUUUACCCUGUCCAACGCUACAAAAGCAUUGAGGUUUUUGCCAAGAAAGUGUCACCAGGACUCUGCGAUUCCUUCCUGAAGCAGACACACCAGUGGCUACAUUACGGAGCUUAAUAGUAUUCAUACCUUAAACGCAGGAAGUGUAGGUCCGCUUCACGCUCGCAGCAGGGGGCACUGGCAUUCAAAAAGCAGAGAAAAAGAAGCUGUUGGCUAGUGUCCGUUUGGCUGUAGUGUGAAAAGCAGACUGACUCUCCAGGGAGUCGGGCGCCCAACAACCCCGGACUCGUGGGUGUCGGGAGGAUGUGCGCUCGCAAAUGUUGCCCACGCCGGGCUGCCCACCCACAGCCGUGCCUGUGCAGGCGUCAAGAGGGACACAAUGCAGCACGUACGAGGUCAACAGCUGACAUAACGAUUCCAUCUCUUUGCCAUCUUUACUACUGAAGAAGGAAGGCCUCCGGAGCGCGCUUCACCACUGUUAGAAAAACAGUUCUGUUUCCUGGGCUUGUCUCGCCACUUCCAUGACUUACGACCAAUGAAGUUCGUUUUGACGGUGAGGCCCCGCCCGGUGACUGCACGUCACUGCAAGAAUGUACCGGAGCGAAUGCAAGUCCGAAGCAAAAAAAGGCCGGCGGAAGAGUUGUUUGACGGAAUUUUUGGAUGAAAAAUCACGAAAACAAAACUUUUGAAUGUCUUGGAGUUCAUUCACAAGGCUCUGUGGAUUGAUUGAUUGAUUGAAACUUUUAUUAGUAGAUUGCACAGUACAGUACAUAUUCCGUACAAUUGACCACUAAAUGGUAACACCCAAAUAAGUUUUUCAACUUGUUUAAGUCGGGGUCCACGUUAAUCAAUUCAUGAUUGUUGGAAGGACUUUUGAAUCCGAAAGAAAAGACCGUUGGUGCCCAAGCCGAUACUGUUCCAAAUGAAGUUUGUAAUGUUCUGGACUUUCUUGCCAGUUGUGUGGAAUUCAGAAUUAUUGCUAAUCAGUUUGCAGUGCACAAAUGCAGCGUGUGCUUUUUAUUAUACACCUUUUAUUUACCUGCUUCAUUCUCUUUCAUCUCAUUCGUAUUUGGUUCAGGAGUGCAAAUUAAGCAUUUUACAUUUCUUAAGCUACCUUCUUAAAUAAAUCUCUGUUUCUUUUUGUCUACCGUCGAUGCAUUUCAAAAUGUUCUGUACUUUUAAUUUGUGAAGCAAAUAAACAGUCUCGAUUGUUGCUUUUUUUUUUUAUUGAAUGGUA